AAUGAAAGUUAGAGAAGAAUUUAGACAAAUUUUUUUCGCAAUGGGUUUUACUGAAAUGCCUUCAAAUCAAUACGUUGAAACUGGUUUCUGGAAUUUUGAUACUUUAUUCGUUCCCCAACAACAUCCUGCUAGAGAUUUACAAGAUACCUUUUACUUAAAAGAUCCUGCUGUUGCUGGUAAACCUGAUGAUAAAGAGUUUUGGGAAAAUACUCGUCAAGUUCAUGAAAAUGGUAAAUACGGUUCUAUUGGUUAUAGAUAUCCUUGGAAAGAAGAUGAAAGUUUAAGAAUGGUUUUAAGAACUCAUACUACUGCUAUUUCUUCUGCCAUGUUACAUAAAUUAGCUAAAGAUCCUAAACCAACCCGUCUUUUCUCGAUUGAUCGUGUUUUCCGUAAUGAAGCCGUUGAUGCUACUCAUUUAGCAGAAUUUCAUCAAGUUGAAGGGGUCAUGGCUGGUUAUGAUAUUACUUUAGGUGAUUUAAUUGGUUUCAUGGAAGAUUUCUUCAAUAAAAUGGGUGUUACUAAUUUAAGAUUUAAAGCUGCAUAUAAUCCUUAUACUGAACCUUCAAUGGAAAUCUUUGCUUACCAUAAAGGUUUAGGUAAAUGGGUUGAAAUCGGUAAUUCCGGUAUGUUCAGACCUGAAAUGUUGGAACCAAUGGGAUUACCUAAAAACUUACGUGUCUUGGGUUGGGGUUUGUCUUUAGAAAGACCAACCAUGAUUAAAUAUGGGGUUUCUAAUAUUAGAGAAUUAUUGGGUCAUAAAGUUUCUUUGGACUUUAUUGAAACUAACCCUGCCGCUAGAUUAGAUGAGGACUUAAUCGGUUAACCUUCUUAUACAUACACUUAUAUAAUCUUAAUCAUACGUAAUAGAAUUG